AUGUCUGAUUCUUCAUUUAUGGAUAAGGUGUUCCAAUACACAGCAAAUGUUGGGAUAUAUAGAAUUCAAGUGUUCAAGACAACUGUGAUAGUUACGCUACUCUUCAUCUUUGCUUUCCAAAUAUUCCAUGGUACUAGUGGUUUAGAACAAAAUCGUGAAUUAUUGGUGAUUAAACCAGAUGAAGCUUAUAACACACAUUAUGAUUCUAUACUGGGAGUAGAAGGUUUUGAGAAAAUGGAAUUGAGUGAACGUUGUGUUAAAUUAUUCAAUAAUGUUAAUGGAAAUUCAGACUUUAAAGAUUUUGAAUGGUUUUACAAAAAUCUCAAUGAUAUCAAAAUCACACCAAGUCUUAAAUCUUUUAUUGCUCAAAAGAAAGCUGAAGUCAAACAAAAAGGUGAAAGAGUUAAAGACGAUAUGAUUAGAGAAUGGGAAAAAACAUAUCAAAAGGAUUUUGCAACUGAUAAAUUAUACAUUCAAAAAUUAAUCAAUUAUAUGUCAACUCAAAGAGUCUUUGGUACUUGUUUUAUUGAAAAUAAUUUAUUUCAAGAAGCUACUGGUAUUAAAGCCUAUAAUAUCUUUUGGGAUGAUGAAGUUGAUUCAGAAUUAUCCAAAUCUAAUAUUUUCCAAUUAUCAAAUGAAUUAGAAAUUAGACUUUUCCCAUGGAUUUCCAAAAUUUAUCCAGUUUAUAAACAUGGUACUGAACAAUUACCUGUUGGUGUUCCAUCUGUUGGUGAUGCACAUGAUGAUGAGGAUUAUAAUCCUAAAUCAUCAUUCUUAUAUAACUUCAAACAUGGUUUGAAUGGUCAGGGUAUAGUUUUACCAGUAUUUGACUCCAAAGAUAUUGAACAUGUAAAGAGAUUAGGUAAAGUUUUAAGAUUCAUUGGUAAUGAAUUACCUGUUCAAAUUGUUCAUAAAGGUGACCUAAAGGAUACUGACGAAGCUGAAAUUCUUGAAAUAUACAGCGAAGAAAUUGAUUCUUCCAAAUAUUUCCAAGAUGAUUCAUUUGAUCAAUUACCACCAUUUUAUACAAAAUCUUUACCAAAACAAGACGUUUAUUUUGCAAAUAUUGAGAUGUCUGUCAAUGCCAAAUUCCACAAAUCAUGGGAUCGUACAAGAUACAAAAACUUUGCUUUGUUGUUCAGUUCCUUCCAAAGAGUUUUAAUGUUAGACCCUGCUGUAUUGCCAUUAAAUGGAUUAUUAUCAAUUUUACAAAAUGUUGAUUUCACUAAAACUGGUACUUAUUACUUCCCUGAUUUUAGAUUGAAUGCACCAGUUGAUAAAAAUGAAUUAGAAUUCUUUACAGAUUUAUUACCAACUAAAGUCGAUGAACAUUUAUUCCCAAUUUCUCAAGUUUCCAAAGAAUUUUUAGAAAAUUCAAGAUUCUUUAAAGAUGGAUUCACUUCGAUUGCUAAUAAUGAUGUUAUAGUCUUGGAUAAAAAGGAACAAUUCCUUGGUAUUUUAACUUCAUUGACUUUAAGUCAUUUACCAUUAACAUUUAAAACUAAAAAUAUUCAAAAAGAAUUCAUAUGGUUAGGUCCAUUAUUAUCAGGAUAUUCACCAGAAGUUCAUUUCCAUAGUUCAAAUAUGGGUAUUGUUGGAGAAUAUACAGAAGAAGAAAAUAGAAGAAUUAAAGACAGUGUUUCUAAAGAAAUUUGUUCAAUGCACAAAGGUCAUUUCGAUUCUGAUAAUUCAACUUUAUUAUUCGUUACAAAUGGUGCAUUGAAUUGUGAUCGUGAUGGAUUAAACUUAGAGGAAGAAAUUAAAAAACCAGCAUAUCGUAAGUUCAAAGGACAAGUUAAAGAUUUAAUUAAAUGGAAUUUAGAAGCAACAAAGUUAAAAGCUGCUAUAAUACCAAUCCAACAAGAAAUAACAGCAAAAAAUAAAGUUGAUGAAGUUGAUACCUCAAUAACCGAUAAAGAAGGUUAUUGUAAUUCAGAAAUUUUGUGUGCUUAUGAUAUUUUAGGUGCUAAAAAUGAUAAGAAAUUCCAUGGUGAUGUUGUUGAAUUUACCGCUUCACAAUAUCAAGUCUUAGAAUAUAUUGAUUCUUUAUGGACCUUACCAUCAAAGAAAUAA